CCGUGUUUUGCCAUGAGUAUACUGUACAUUUUCUGAUAAACACAGUGAAUUUCUAGUUGCAUUAAGUGAACAAACAAGGACAAUCAUGCCAUCCUUUCGUCAGAAGGUCACGACUUACUUCCGUCAAUUGAGUUUUGUGUCCGAACGAGACCCGCGGAGCCCAGUGCAGCAAUGUUCUUCAAUGGCUUCCGGAAGCUUCAUGACCAGAUACCUGGAGGGGGAAUGGGAACCUCCAGACUCUAUGGCGCCGAUUUUCAAUGGUAAACUACCGGAAGAUUUACCGGACGUACGCAUCGAACGGUACGUUGUCAGUGGAACGGAAACUGAUGCCUCUUAUACAGGGCCACUCGAAGGUCUGACGGGAGUAAGGCGUGCCAAGUCGCAUCUAACGGCAGGCAUUGAAGAUGACAUAGACUACAUUGAUGUUCUGCAGGACCAGGGUUCAACAUCGCAACAAGUACCAUCUACCAAACCAUCCGUACCUGAAUUGGGCACAAAUUCCAAUUCAAAACAACAUUCGUUGUAUGUUGCUGAAAAGCGUUCUGAAUCUCAUUCCAUAACCACGAAGCAAGCGAGUGGGGAGAAGCAUGUAGUAAACAAACAAGUCACCGACGAUCCUAUUGCUAACGUAACUGACUGGAACCGCCCAAGCGAAGAUGCAUACGGUAUAUCCGUGUCUUUGUACGAAAAACAUCUCCAUACGUCAGGAAACGUUGGUGAUCCUAUUGCAGAUUGCUUUGGCAUCAUAACUCGAGCCGAUUCGUGUAUAAUGGCCAUGGCAGAUGGUGUCAACUGGGGCGAAGGUGCCCGUAUUGCAGCUAGAUCUGCCGUUCAGGGUGCGAUUGAAUACUUAAAUUCGGCAAUUUUUGGUAUACACCAAGUGUCAUCGACCCGAGAAAUAUUCGUAAGCUUGAUUCGUAGCUUCUGGGAAGCACAUAACUACAUUCUUCAAGUUGGAGGAGCAUUGAGUACGUUGACCGUCGCCAUCGUAUUACCCGUUGAAUCGUCUGCACAAAGUGUAGUUUGUUGCUGCAACGUAGGGGACUCGCUUGGAUACAUAUUUUCAAAAAACAAUAUCGUACGGGAAAUAACAAUGGGAUCACAUGAUGUUAGUCUUAUGCGAGAUAUGCGAGACGCGCUAGGUGCUUUAGGUCCCGUGUACGGAGAUAAACCGGAAAUGAGCAAUCUCACACUAUCCAUGUCAUAUGUUGACGAAGGGGAUAUUGUGUUUCUUACGUCGGAUGGAAUCAGCGAUAAUUUUGAUCCAGUGGUUGGAAAAUUUGCUGAGGCUGUGGGCAGUAAAACAAAUGCCAAUAAUAACAAUAGCAAUGUAACCAAUCUAGCUUACAAACAAUCGACGAAUCAACACUACGAGCGUAAAAAUAAAGCAGGAUUAGCUCCCAAGAGACAGAACAAAAGUGCUCCAAUGCUUACAUUAGCGCAGACAAACGGAGCAAUGGAACAGCAAUAUGCUAAUGCAAAUCAUGCUGGAGGUUCGCGGGCUGAGCGAAAAAUUCCUCUACCUGUACGAAAACCACCACCGCCAACUGCAGGCCCACAGGAAAAAAGCUACUGCUCGAAGUAUGUAACGCGAUCGAAAACAUUUAUCGAACCAGCGGCCGCAGCAAGACGAUCAACUAACGUUGUUGCAAGAUCAUCGCCUCCUACGGCUUUACCACAAGUAACAGCCCAGCAGAGACACGUACUAACGCUUUUGCGAAUAGCGGAUCUGUUGGUGUACGGUAUUAACGGUUCACUUCGACCGUGCACGAACGCAAAGCAAUUAUGUCAGCUUUUAAUCGAUUUUGUUUCGUGUAUUACCGCUGCCAAACGCAAACUGCUGGAGCAACGCGAACUAUACUAUAAAAUAGUAACCGAUCCAGAUGGAAGUCGCAGAGAAGUGCCACAUAGUGCACACGAACAUAAAGUGAUACGGAAGCGUAUGGUGGAUGGAACUACAUUUUCGCUACUGCCCGGAAAGCUGGAUCACGCUUCGAUCGUCGCAUACACCGUACGCAGAUGCACAAUGAAAUCUACGGCUGAGCAUAUUAUAUAAUGAUAAUCUCUUA